AUGGGAGGCACUAACUCUGCUUUACCAAGUAUAUUUUACACCACUGCAAAGCCCCCUUCCCCUCCUCAGCCCCGAACGAAGACCUGCACGGACACCCGUACGCGUGAACACUGGUGGAAGCCCCAGCUUCAAGAGCUGCAGAAGCUGCCAGCUUUCAUGCGUGUAGCAUCCAGUGGAAACAUGCUGAGCCACGUCGGACAUACAAUCCUUGGCAUGAACACUGUCCAGCUCUACAUGAAGGUUCCAGGGAGCCGGACACCAGCUUACCAGUACCAGCUGGCCCUGGAAAGAUUCGAGUGGAACGAAGUGAAGAAGGUCAAGUCCAUAGUCCCCAUGAUCCAUGUGUCCUGGAACGUGGCCCGCACUGUCAAGAUCACUGACCCAGACACAUAUAAGAUGAUAAAACACUGCCUGCUGCAGUCCAUGAAGCACAUCCAGAUCCUGCGAGACCAACUGGUGGCUGAAGGCAAGAAGAUUUCUUAUCAGAGUCGGGUCAAGGACGAGCCUGCCUACUACUGCAACGAAUGUGAUGUGGAGGUCUUCAACUUGUUGUUUGUAACAAGUGAGAACAACAGCAGGAAGACAUACGUGGUUCACUGUGAGGACUGCGCACGUCAGCGCAGCCCAAACCUGACCGACGUAGUGGUGCUGGAGCAGUACCGCAUAGAGGAGCUCAUGAACGCAUAUGACUCCUUCAGUCUGGUCUCCUCUUCCCGGUGAUAGAGCUCCCCUCCUGCAUCUCCUCAGCCAUAACCAAAAUUCCUGCAAGCCAGGACAAAAGACAUAGUUUGACUUUGGUUUUCAACUUUGUUGUGAGUCUGUAAUGCAAACACUAAUUCAUUAUUUAAGAUCGUUUUUGCUACUACUACUGCUAAUACUUGCCGAACAGCCAGUUGAAUACGUUUACUCAUUAUUACUGUUUACAAAAAGAAAUACCAAGCCGCCAGUAAAAUACCAGUUUACUCUCAGAUGGUGCUUUCAAACAGAAACCCUGGCAACAGUGAAGUUGAGGACCAGGGGGCAGUUGGUGCUACCAUUGAACAGGGUAGUUAAUGGUUUCAAUGGCGUGUUCCUACCAGUACCAGAAAGAACUUUUUCUGUUGUUGUCUUGAAUAAUGAAAUUUGUACAAGCUGUUUGCAAUUUUUGUGGGGUGCUGUCUUUUUUUAAAUAAUUUAUUAUUUUGUUUUUUCUAAACUAGAUCAGCCUAGAUAUAUACCACAUUGGCCUUGUAUUUAGAAAAGAGACAAAAUGAAAAAUACUAAUAAUAGAGAUAUGAACAUUUUUCUAAAGCAUGAAGAAUUAAAAAAAAAUAACUUGUUUGGAAUGCUUCAAAACAUACGGGUUUUAAUGACUUUGGUUGUUUUGGGGGGGACUUCAUUUUUGAUCUUCAGAUUCUUGUAUGUGUUGUAAAUCUUUUUAUCAAUUAUACUUUUAUUUCCUCUGGAGAUUAAUAUUCAGUUGUCACACAUCAUCAGGUCUUUUUGUUCAUUUCUUCCACCUCUAUAUGAGCUGUCUUUUUAAAAAAGAAAGAAAAAAAUCAUUAUCAUCUGGUGUUUGUGUAUCUCUGAUUGUUUUGUUCCAAUAUGCAGACUUCCUGGAUUUUUUUUUUUUUGGCAUUGUACAUUUAAUUUAAAAAGUUUCCUCUAUUUAUUGGAUAUCAAUGUUCUCUCUUUUUAAUAGAGUUGUACAAGUUUGCAGUUUUUUUUCUUUAUUUUUUAUGGUGACCGAUUGCUCUGUAAGAACUUAAAUGUAGGGGUUGUGUGUCCACGGGAGUGGAAGCUGCCGUUUUUCUGCUGCUUCCUUCUCACGACUCCUGCCUUUUCUCCUGAUAUAUAUUAAAUGAUAUCUUUAUCUUGAAUAUAACGCCACCUUUCCUGUAGACAAUAGGCACACUGCUCACGUAGAGAAGAUGACUAAUGGAAUGCUGUGUUUGUAUGCUCAUUAAGGAAAAAAAACAAAACUACUUUUUCCAAAGUGUUUUGAGAAACGAUAAGUUUUUUUUAUUAUGUAGGGGACUUUUAGGCGAGAUUUUAAUGAUUUUAUGAUAUUAUCUGUUGAAUAUGAUAAUGGGAUAGAUGGUGCUAAAUGUUCUCUUUGAACAACCUUUUUUUCUGUUUGUCUUCUUAAAAUGAGAAUUCUAUUUUUCCUGUUGCAAUAUUACCUUAACCUUAACCUUCUCCUUCUCUUUGUGGUCAUUUAUUUAUAACUGCACUGUUUAGAGAGUUCACACAGACAUACUUGCAGACACACACUCUAAACUGAGCCAGACAUGUCUUAAACACUUGUGAAUUUGUGUGACAUUACUAUGACUAUUAAUAAACGCUUUUUGAUAAAUCCA